CAUCUCCACUGGCUGCAGACACUUGUGAUGCUCCUCCUGUUGGCAGAUAUGACAUCAGCACAUGCGUCCAGUGAUGACAUUCCUGCUACUCUUUCCCCAGAUAGCGAGACGUCAGUGUACUACUUUAUUGAUCUCGUUGUGACUGCCAAUGAACCGAAGAACGAAUCACAAAUCAGUGACUGGCUCAGCGACGUGUUCACUAGCAAGCUGCAGAGCUGCGUGUCUCUAAGAGCCACAACUACGUCUCCACAGACGACAUACGAGACCACGCUCAUGACGACAGUCACAACAACAAUGCAAAGCUUCAACACCACUACACCUGCAGCAACUACAACGUUACCGAGCGCCAACACGACUACACCUGCAGCAACUACAACGUUACCGAGCACCAUCACGACUACACCUGCAGCAACUACAACAUUACCGAGCACCAUCACGACUACACCUGCAGCAACUACAACGUUACCGAGCGCCAUCACGACUACACCUGCAGCAACUACAACGUUACCGAGCGCCAUCACGACUACACCUGCAGCAACUACAACGUUACCGAGCGCCACCACGACUACACCUGCAACAACAGCAACGUUACCGAGCGCCACCACGACUACACCUGCAGCAACUAUGUUACAGAGCGCCACCACGACUACACCUGCAGCAACUACAACGUUACAGGCGCCAUCACGACUACACCUGCAGCAACUACAACGUUACUGGCGCCAUCACGACUACACCUGCAGCAACUACAACGUUACAGGCGCCAUCACGACUACACCUGCAGCAACUACAACGUUACAGGCGCCAUCACGACUACACCUGCAGCAACUACAACGUUACUGGCGCCAUCACGACUACACCUGCAGCAACAACGUUGCGGCGCCACCACGACUACACCUGCAGCAACAACGUUACAGGCGCCAUCACGACUACACCUGCAGCAACAACGUUACCGGCGCCAUCACGACUACACCUGCAGCAACAACGUUACGGCGCCAUCACGACUACACCUGCAACAACAGCAACUGCAACUACACCUGCAAGAAUCCAACCAUCCAAAGAAAUCAAAGCAACAACAGCUGUAACUACACCUGCAACAACAGCUGCAACAACGGUUAA